AAAAGGAUUUUCAUUGAAAAUGAGUACAGAUGAACAUCAAUCAAAUGAUCGAAUUCUUCAUGCAAAAAAUUUGUUGAAGAAAUUCCAAUCAAAGCACACUCAACGUUCUGAAGAUUUUAAUUCAUUUAAUUCUUCAAAUGGUUUGGAAAUUUGUAUUGACCAUAAUAUUUUACAAAAUUCAAAUAAUUCUUGCUCUUCCUCCCCUUCAAUUCUUCCAAAUUUUUCAAAAUCUGCGAGUGAAACGAGAACUCUUUUAAAUGAUGGAAAUUUAAUUAAUGGACCUAUUGGAAGUUUUACUAGUGAAUUACUUCCGUUUAAUCAAAAGGAGGUGGGAAAUCAGGUUAGGUGCUACUCUGUGCCUGAAAAUUUGAGAAUUGAAGAGGGAGAUUUGAACGGUUCAAGGAGUUUAUUGAUCCAAAAAGAAGAAGAAUUGGCCACUGCUCUUUCAAAACUUAAUUCACUUCAUUCAAGUUAUUCAGAAUUAUAUAAUGCCUAUAAUCGAUUAGUGGAGAAGAAAAAUAAUGAUUUGGAUGGGAGAGAGACUCCAGUACAUAUUAACAAUCAAAUACAACAAUUACAAAUUGCUUUAACUCACUCAUUAGAAGAAAAAACUAAUUUACAAAAAGAAUUGAGAGAAUUAAAAACAAAAAUGGAAGAAUUACAAAAUUUAAAAAGUGCUCCUUUACAAAAUCAACAAAAUGAUUUGUUGGCAACUUCCUUGACAACAAAUUUAAUAAAAAGUGACGAUUUUUCUGAUUUACGUUUAGCAAAUAUUCAACAAGAAAGGGAUGAAUUACUAUCAACUGUUUCCAAUCUUUCACAACAAAUUGAAGAAGAAUGGAAAUUAUCUUCAAAUUUGGAAGCUAAACUUUUUUUGGCACAACAGGAUAAAAUGGAUACACAGGCCCACUUAAAAUCAAUUUACCACGAUAAAGUGCAAUUAGAACAAAAUUAUGAGCAUUGUAAAAAAGAAUUGGCUAUGCGUGAUAUUUAUUUACAGCAAUUAUCAAAACAAUUUCAAUUUGAACAUUUGCCUAAAAAUGUAAAUUUUGAGGAGAAAAAUGAAGAAAAUAAAAAAUCCUCUUCAAAUGAGCAACUCAUUUCUCUCAAACUAGAAUUGGAUAAUUCACAGAAAAAUGUUCAGACACUACAAGAACAGCUUCAAAUAACUUCUUUACAGGCUAAUUCUCAAUUGAAAAUGGUUGAGGAAGAGUUGGAAACUACUCGUGCUAAAUUUAACGAAAUUUGUUCGCUCAAAGAUUAUUUAGAAGAAAGUUUGCGUAUUGCACAGGCAACUAUUGAAAAAGAUAAUUUAAUAAAUAAUAAUUCUGUAGAAGAUCAACAACAGUCUUCAACAACAGAACUUGAAUCAUUAAAACAACAAAUUUCUAAUUUAUUAUUAGAAAAAGAACAACAAUUAAAUUUAAAUAAACAAACUUUGGAUAAACUUGAAGAAGAGAAAAAUGGGCAAAUUGAAGAAUUAAAAAGUGAAUUGAAUGAGGCAAUGGAAAGAAUUGGGGAAUUGGAAAAGGAUAAAAUUAUUAGAGGGAAUAUUGAUCAGGAUGCCAGUACCCUUUCAAUUCAAUUACAAAAUGAAAAAGCAACAGUUUCUAGAGCUAUAGCUCAAAAUCUCGAAUUAAAAACUCAACUUGGAGAACUUCAAAAUCGUUUAGUUCAAGUAAUUAAUUCUUCCGCAGAAAAAGAAGAUGAACGUUUAACAGCAUUAAAUUCAGUUUCUAAAUUGACACAGGCUUUGAAUGAAUUGAAAGAAGAAAAGGAGAAAGAGGAAAAUUUGAAGGAAUUGGUUGAAAAGCAAGUACAAACUGACAAUGAGGGAAUUAGUGAAGUGAAUUUACAAAAUUUGGAAAAUAAAAAUGUGGAUCAAUCUUCGACUUUACUUUCUUCAGACACAUUUGCUUCAAAUGAUUCAUUAAUGGUUCACGUCCCAUCAUCAGACCAAGUCUCUAGUAUUGAGACGGAGUUAAGUGAAGAAAAUGUUGUAGAAGAAGAGGGACUAUUGGAAGGAAAUGAACAAGAGAAUAAAGAGGAGCAAGGAAGUGAGGAGGAGAAGAGGCAACAAGACGAGGAAGUUAAGUUGAAUGGAGAAAGAAAAGUGAAGAAGACGUCAGCUGAAAUGGACGAAGAAGAAUUGAAAGUGAAGGAAGCGAAGAGGCAUGAAGAGAAAGAAGAAGCGGAGGAGGGUGAAGAAAAUAAUCGUCAAAAACUCCAAAAACGAUUAGAACAACUUUGCCAAGAAAACGAGCAAUUUCGUUUAGAUAAUCAAAAACUUCAAUAUUGGCUAACUGCUGUAGAAACAGAAAAUGAGUCGAUAGGGGAAUAUGUUGCUUUGUAUAGAUUUCAAAGAGGAAAUGUACAAAAAAGAAUUGCCGAAAAUGAGGCUAUGCUUAAAGAAUAUAAAAAACAAAAUUUUGAGUUGAUGACCCAAUUAUCAACUGUUUGUAAUUCUUUAAACUCGUUUUUGAUGGCCGAAUGUAUUGAAGAGGUAGACAACCAAAAAUCUGAGGAAGAAAAUAAUUUAAUUAAUAAAGACAGUCAUAAUAAUGAAUUGGUGAAUGAUCGACAUAAACAAAUUGACAAUUUAAGGAAAAUUGUGGGGACUUUGCAGAAGAUAAUGCCAGUAGACCAAAAAGCCUUUUCUGAGGCCACCUGUUCUGGUUCUAAUAGCGGUGGUGGUGGUGCUGGGAAUUUACAAGCCCGUUGUGUUGGGUGUAGAGGGGAAAUAACUACCCUGUGAUUUUUUAAAAAAUAAAUAAA